AUGCACCUCGAUGACCCUGACCUGCUCCACAACAUCAACCGUGUGAUUCGCGAAAUGGGAUUAGUCGGUAAAGCGGUUACAUUUCGGAUGGACCAAGAAGCGGCUCUUGGAGCCCUUGCCGAGAAACUCACCAAGUGCGAUAGCAGCCCUGCCAGCGCAACUUUGAUUGACGUGGUUCCGGGCUACAGGCCCCAGUCGAAGGGAUCGAUUGAGCGGCAGGUUGAAACUAUGAAGCAGGGUUUCUGGUCUGUUUGGUUGGACCUGGAGAAAGAGGUUGCUAAGGUGAAGCAGGAAACGGAAGCCGUUGAGCUUGGGAAGUAUCAGUUACCUUUGGGAGGUUUGCUUUGGCAAGCCUGUGUUUUCUAUGUUGCUAGGUGCUAUAACCUCUGGUGUACUAGCGUCGGGGAUUCGAGCACUAGCAUAGAUCGACUGCAUGAGGAGAUUGUGAACCGAACUCGGACGAGACCGUUCGGGUGUCUGGUUCAAGCUCAGGUCAGUAAGUCCAAGGCGCACCAUGAUAAGUUCAGGGGCGCCCGGACCGUGAAAGCGGUUUAUCUGGGACCGGUGCACGCCAAAGGUGGCGGCAUCUUUGCCGUCCCUGUCGGAAGCAGGGAAAUAGAUAUAUUCCCCGUCGCCAGAAUGAUUCAGGGAGGUGACAUCUACGAUGCCAAGACCCUGGAAGAGCUAUCUUUAGCUAAGCCUCUUCUGCAGGACACUGAGGACCCCGAGAGGCCCAUACUGUUUGAUCCGUUGGAGGCUCCUGGUGAUGAUGCUCCUGAUGAGGGGGCUGGUGUGGGAAUGGAUGAAGAUGGUGAUGAAGAGAUGAUUGAAGAUGAGCUUGCUGACUAUUCUCCGUCGGAAGCGCCUGAGAACCAGGAGGUUGUGAACGAUGAGGGGGAUAUGGAAAUAGACUGGCUCACGAAUCACUAUCUUGAGUCCCUGUUUCGAGGGCCUGACCUGCGAGCCACCUCCACUGCAGUUGCAAAGUCGUUUGAUUUGAAGUUUGGGGGUACGAAGAUAAGGUGUGCUGUUCCUCAGAACGCUGUGUCUGAGACUUCGGGAGAGAAGCUAGAACCCGAUCUUCUUUACGCAUCAAUGAAGCUUGAGUUGGAAGAGUUGGAGUCCUUCAAGGUUGGGGAAGUGAUCCCUGAGCGCGAAGCUCGCCGUCUUGCUAAGGAAAACGGCAGGCGAGUUUUGACUAGCAGGUGGGUCAACACGGUCAAGAAGAAGGGACUGUAUAGAUCUAGGCUAGUCGUGUGGGAUUAUGCCUCUAUGGGAGGCACCACCUUGAGUGAGGGAAUCUACUCUCCUACUACUUCAUUGGAGGGUCUGAGAUUGCUUCUGUCAAUGCUCUGCCGACGUGGCAGUGUGUUGUCCUGCGAUGUCUCGGUAGCGUUCAUGCAUGCUCCCGUAGCGAGGGCAGAAUUCGUAGAGUUGCCGAAUAAUGUGAGCGCCCAGGUGACUGGGGAACGAGUUUUCGUCAAAUUGCGUAAAGCGAUGAACGGAUUGCGGUCUGCUCCAUUAUCUUGGUAUUGCGAGUUGGCUGAAUACUUGCGCUCUCAGAACUUCGAAGCAAGUUUGGACCCCACUAUAUUCCGUCGUCUUACGAGGAAGGGUUUGACGAUUGUGUUGUUUUAUGUGGAUGACUUGCUGAUCUAUAGUGAAGAUGAAGCUGAAGGGCGCCGGUUCUACGAGGAGUUGCGUAAAAGAUACAAACUGAAAAUUACGGGCGAGCUGAUUCAAGAUUGCCCCGGGGAAGUCUCGUUUCUCGGUCGGCGGAUCUUUCGCCGUAAGAAAGGGGAACGUACGGUGUAUUUCGGGCUAGACGAACAGUACCUGAGUUCCUGUUGCGAGGAGUACGGAAUCACCAAACCUGCACCAAAGCUCCCUUCCCUUGAACGCCGCUAUGCUGAGUUGCUGAAGAAAGGCCAGACUGAGCUGAUCAGUCCAGCUGCUCACGAAAGGUACAGAAGGACUCUGGGCCGUUUGGCCUGGGCGGCUCUGUCACGACCAGACCUGCAGUUUGUGUGUGGGUUUCUGGGCCGCCACCAAGCAGCUCCUGACGAAGCUGCCGAGACCUGUAUGAGGGAUGUCCUUCGUUGGGUCAAGGGUCUUCCGCACAAGGUCCAGAGGUUUCCGAGCAAAAGGGAGAUCUUGGAAGAUGAUGCGGACCCUGCCUCUGUAUCUUGUUUUACGGACGCGAGCUGGAGUCUGAAUUCGGUAAGCGGCGGGAUCAUUACGUGGGAGAACUGUUCCCUGAAAAGCUUCAGCAGGAAACAAACGACUACCGCACUCUCCAGUGCGGAAGCAGAACUCGCUGCACUCACAGAGGUUGCUCGUGAAGGGUUGUACAUUGCUUUGCUCGUGGAGACCAUCCGCGAGGGUAUGCCGAAAGACAGGGAAACCGGUUAUUAUGUUCUUAAGGGAUAUUCUGAUUCCGAAUCGGCGGUUUGUAUAUCGAAGAUGCAGACCCUCCUGAGGAAAGUGAGGCACAUCGAACUGCGUGCCGCAUUCCUUCAGGAGCUGGUGGCCAGGGGUCGUUUUACUAUAGAACACAUACCGGGAGUGAUAAACCCUGCGGACGCCCUCACGAAGAGUCCCACCAACGAAAGUUUGGCUAGUUUGUACGAUGCCUCUGGCCUUGUGGAUGAACCGAAGGCCUGGGAGAGUGAGCCUACUGAGGUGCACGUGUCUUUUGAAGAGCCCAAUGAAAACGAACGUUUUACUCCGUCUGUUCCGCCUUCCUGGAAAGCUUCCCAGGGAACAGCCUGGUUCCUUUCCCUCAGGUUUACUGGGAGCAGUCUUCGGGCUUCAAAGUCUCCACUCGCAGAGAGCAUAGCAGGGCGUUGUUCCCUGCGCCAGCACGAAGUUGAGUUGAAGGGAAAGCGUGAGGUUGAGGAACCCCUGGGCUGUGAGGGCUUGAGGCCUCUGGCCGUGGACAAGCGCCACUGGAAUGAAAAGUUUGUCGUAGGCCUGACAGCAGGCAAGGGUUUGGUGGGCGGCCCGGUAGGCUGUUCACUGCACGGUCUGAGUGAGGUCGAUCCUCCUCUUGCCGAGUGUGGCAAAGUCGGCGCGGUGCUUGCGGGUCUUUGGAAAGACCUACCAGAGGCUGCCCAGAAAGCCUUUCAGGAGGUAGGGUACAGCCCACCUCGGCCGAAAGGGCCGCCGCCACCACCACCAGGACUGGACCUCCAGUCCCUCCUUAAGGGUAGGAUGACCGAGAAGGAGUACAACGCUGCCAGGGCCGUGGUCUACGCGGGGGCAGGACUCCACGUCCAGACCCUGUUGGAGGCCGCGGGAAUCCCCCCUCCACCGGAUGAGGACCUCGACCAGCCAGAACCCACGCCCCAAGAGAAGCUGACCAGGUGUGUCAGCGACUUCAAGAAGGCCACCAACCAGAUGAAGAAUCUGGUGGAGAAGAAGGCCAAGCUCCAGGCACGAGCGGACAAGCUCAAGCAGGAGCUGGAAAAGCUCAUUGGGGACGUGGACCAGGUCGACAAGGACAUCAAGGCCAAGGACGUCGAGAUCCAGGAGACGGCCAAGGCUUUCAAAGAGAUGACGGCGGACUCCACUAGCACCGCCUUCAGCGCCCUGGAGGCGGUCCUUUCGGAGGCAGGCCACGAGGAAGCCACCCGAGUUUCAGAGGGCAUGACGAGAUUGCCCCAGGCUCUCGGGGCCAAAAUUUUUUCCAACCGGCCGGUGCUGUGCUUGGCCAAGGCCCUAGGCAUCAGCCCGUCUCGCGGGGCAAAUCCAGUUCAGGCCCUUGCUGCAGGGCUCGCAGAUGAGCUUCGGACGCACAAUGACUGGAGCAAGUCCGAGCCCCAGGCUCUAGCCCUCGCUGAGGCCCUGGAAGGAGUCGAUGAGGCCAGCCUGGGUUACCGGGUCUCUUAUGAGAUUCUCGAGGCCAUGCACGCCGCGGCUUUCCUGGACGACCUCGCGGCUCAGGAGCACCAGGGAUGUCAGGAGUCUGUUGUGUUUGUCAGUGCCAACAUCACAACGUGGACUCCGGAUAUUCUCAAAUGGCACCAGCCGCAAAAAGGGCCCCUUCUCAUCCAGGAGUUGCACUUGGGAGAUGAAGGUGCCGACGUGGCCAGCCUUGAGGCCUGCGUUCUAGUGCUCUCGAACAGACGGCAGCAGACGCACAAGGACUGGUGCAAGUCAGUGCGGCCGCCCAGGCAGAGUAAGGAGCGAAAGCCCGGCAAGGCGGCACUCGCUUUGCACACAGUGUGGGAGAAGUUGACUCCCGAAGCCCGACUGGCGAUCGAAGAAGCCGGGUGGAGGCCUCCAUCCGCGGCAGCGGUUGUUCCGCCUCCGGGUCUCGGCGAUUUUGAUGUUGACAUGGAUGCAUCUGAGGCCUGCGAGGCUAAGCAGAAGCUGUGGUCUGAAGCCACGGAGCAGCAGAAAGAGCUCAUGCUCAAGGCAGGCCUCAAGCCGCCGGAGCAAACUCCGGCUCCCACCUCUUAUGAAGUUGGAACCGCAGCAAAUGCAGCUUUUCGUAAGGCCACGGUUGCACUGAAAUUGCUUGGAGACAAGAAGAUUAGCUUGCAGAAGCGUAUCGACCAAGCUAAGGAGCAAUACAACGCAAGACUGACCGAGAUGAAACAGUUGCAGACCAAAAUUGAAGAGGCGCAGCAACAGGUUGCAGAUGCGGGCGAGGAGCUUACCACCAAAGUCCUGGCCCAAGAUGAAUCUUUGAACGGCGAAAUUGCGCAGUUUCUUGAGAAGUUUGGGAUUUCCUUGACUGAAGAGCAGGAAGCAAAGAUUGCCGCAGUGCGUGCCGGCACACAUGGACCCCCUGACAGCCAGGCUUUUGACCUUAAGGCCGCAGCACCCAACACGCAAGAGGUGCCCAAGAAAUCUGAGCCAGCGCAGAACGGCGUUGCUGUGCGCCCUGCAGGCUGCACUCAGGCUGACCAGGUGCUUGUGCAUUCAACUUGGUCGGGCAGUGCUCUCGCUCAGUCUGGUGAUCCAGGGGUUUCGGCCCUUUGGGCCAGCUUGCUGCAAGGGCUGGAGCAUAUGUGUCAUGUGCAAGUGCUUCAAGCUGUGGAGGCCCUAGAGGCAGGCCAAUAUAUUCUUGAAGAUACCUUUCCCUGGUUUGCUGCUGAGCUUGCUGUUGAAGCCGGUGAUGAUGUUCCUUGGCACGUUGCAGCCUCGGCUAUCAGGGAUGUCAUCGCAAAUCUUAACUCCAAUGCCGACGGAAAGAAAUUGCUGUUAGUCAGCUCCAAUGUCACCAAGUGGCGCAAGUCCUUAGCAACCUUUCUUGCGGGGAUCAGGCCAGACCUCUGGCUGGUACAGGAAACACACAUUAAGGAGGAGCAAGGGGAUUUGCUGGCCACUCAUGUUGGGGCCUUUGGCUAUCAGGCCUUCAGCUUGCCAGGUCACCCCACUGGGGGAGGUGGUAACUCAGGAGGCCUUGCGAUUGUGUUUAAGAAGCACCUUGAUGUCCGCAAAAGCCACCACUUCCUUCACCAAGGUGUUGGUUUUCAGUCUGUUGUUCUGCGCAUCCGGGGUGUUGAUAUCUUCCUCGUCAAUGUUUACUUGAAGACAGGGGAGGGUUUCCGGGGCCCGACUAAUGCCAUAAUUCUUUCCAAUUUGAUUCCCUUCCUUAGGUCGCUGCAAGGUGAAUUCCUUGUUGCAGGCGACUUCAACGAAGACAUCAGUGUUCUGGUGACCACCAGUUUGGCGCAGGAAGCUCGGGGCCAAUGGGUCCAUACGGGGGCUUCCACGUGCACAGGGGGUGGUAACAUUGAUUUUGGUUUAGUUUCCAAAGGGCUGGCCUUGGGAGUUUCGGUCCGGGCUGACUGGAUCACUCCGUUUGCUCCACAUGCUGCCUUACAUUGGUGCAUUGACAGGAGGCAGUGCGAGUUGAGGUUUCCCCAGCUUGUGGGUUUCAAGCCGAUGCCCAUUAUGCCGCAACCCUUUGAGCCUCCUUUGGCAGGUUGCUCUGGCCCUCAGCCUGAUCUGGAGUCUGCCUGUGCCGGGCACUGGGGUGGCUCCAUACCUGAGCCGGCCCUCACACAUACCUUUGAGCAGCUCAGUAGCUCUGUUGAGUUAUCGGUCUAUGGCUGCACUCAAGGUCGAGGCUGCCUGCCCAAAUUUCGCCGUGACAAACUCCUGCGCCAUACCUCACCUGUGGGUGCUUGGGGGGGGGCUCAGGCCUCUUUCUGGAAGCGGGUCCUUGUUUGGCUGGAACUUUCGGUGAAGCGGAGUUGUCCUGCACCCUUUGGCCACACAUUUUGGUCGCAGCUUGAAUUGAUGUGGCACGGAUCCACAGCCGAGCUCAGUGUUUUCCAAGUCCAGCUCGAUGCUGUUCUUAAAGGUGUUACGCCUUCGGCUUUUCCAGAGUUGAUUCAGGUAUCGGAGCAACAAUUUCGUCACCAUUCCAAAUUGUGGAUGCAGAAGCAGAGCGCAAGCUACGGUAAGUGGCUAAAGCAGGCUUCGUGUAAAGGCUUGCGUGGCCUUUUUACCAGUGUUAAAGCGGAUGAAGCUGUCCAGCUGCGCCCUUUCUUGCACCAGCCUGUGCAGGAGCGCAUCUACCUUAGGUGGAGGCAGUGGUUUGAGCUUUGGUCCGCGCCGGGUGGGGUCGACCCGGCGCUCCUCAGUGAUCUCAGGCAACGUGCCCGAAUGCAGGCCAAGGAGCUUGGGCCGAUUCCCCUAGAUCAGGCGGUUGCGGCGUUCAAGCGAGUGCCCAGCAAAGCACCAGGUCUAGACGGGUGGACAUUUGAGAUGUUAAAAAAUUUGCAGCGACCGGCUGUUGCAUCCAUCAUUUCAUUUCUUCACCACUGUGAAACUGAGGCCACUUGGCCUGCCCAGAUGGUGUUUGCACUUAUAGCCCUCCUCCCAAAAAGCGAGAAGCGGGAGAGACCAAUAGCACUUUUGCACGUGCUUUACCGCACUUGGGUGCGCAUGAGGUGGAAAUUGGUCUCCGAUUGGCAAUUCCAGUACUGUAAAGCCGCGGUCUGGGAUAAGGCAAUGCCUGGGAGUCAAGUGCUGGACGUCGCUUUGGGACGCUUACUUAGAGGCGAGGCGGCUAGACAGUCCGGUCAGCACUUAGUUACAAUUUUCAUUGAUAUGGAGACUUUCUAUGAUAGAUGCCGUUUUAACGAUGUCAUUUCUUCUGGCCUUUCUUUGGGGUACCCUCCCCUGGUAUUGCACCAGGCCCUUCUUACGUACAUGGGCCCGCGUUUUCUUCAAUCUGAAGGGUCUUUGUGCCCGGCCAUUACUCCCACGAAGGGGGUCCUGGCUGGGUGCCCGGCCGCCCCUUCUAUCAGCAAACUUGUUGUGCACCCCAUUGCAGUUGCGGCCACUUCCAAGCGUGCGACAUCCAACUUGGACGUAUGGAUAGAUGAUCUGUCCCUUGACUGUGUCGGUGCCUCGGCCAAGCAGAUUGCCUCAGACGCUGUGCUGCUGUUUCGCAGCCUGCGUACCAGCAUCGAGGCAACUGGCCAGUGGCAGGGCGUCUAA